AUGAGCUCCCCGGAUAAAGCGUCUGUUUGGGGGGCGGGUGUCGGCCCAGAGGGAGGGGAGCGGGGCGGCGUCCACCGGGCCGGCCCUGGAGGCCCGCGGGGGCCCGGACUGGGCCUUGAUCGGGGGGCGUCGCGCGGCGGCGAGAGCGAGGGCGGGCUCCCUGUCCCGGCGGGCUUCGAGGCCGAAAGGGAAGUGAUGGGAGCGGGAGGGGCCGUGCUGUGGGGCCGGGAAGGCCGACCCUGCUCGCCGACCGACGAGAAGGAGGAUGCUCUGGACUACAUGUCCCACUUUGAAGAGGCUGAAGAUUUUGCGGCCAUCGCGCGGCACUUGACCGACUGGGAUACACUAGGGGUCCGGAGAAACCCAUCCCCAGAAAGCAGCUCCGCUCAGGUAUCUAUCAUUUGGGCGGACGUAGACACAGGCCCCAAGGGUAGACACGCACCUGCCCCUAGCUGUGUAGGAUCGCAGCGGGCGUCUCCCACCCCUCUCACCCUCAGUGGGCCCGAGGGAGGCCGGGCCCGGGGAAACGCUGAAAGAGGCACUGAAAGUAGGUUGAAUAUCACUGUUGAUUUCCAGCGGCCCUCGACGGAGUCUUCUGACCCCGAGUCAUCGGAUGAGUUCAGUGAGAUACAGCUGAUGAGGGUGAGCAUUUACCCCAAAGCGGCAGGCCAGGCAAAGUCCAGCAGCCUCGAGGAUCCUGGGGACGAACCCAGGCACUCAAAUCCCCACGACUCGGGGAACUUCCUUCGCGUGCCAGGCUCUCUGCGGGCCCCCACUCCACGGGGAUUCCCUUCAGCCGCAGAAAGGCGGCCUGACAUGUCUUCAUUCAAGAAAAUGCAAAGUGUGGUCUGGGGCAAGAGAGGGGGCAGGCCCAGCUACCCAGGCGCUGCUGCUGCUGCUGCUGCUGCAGGCGCCUUGCCCCGGGCCACUCCUAGAAGGAAGGUGGCCCAGGAAAAGAAAUCCCUAAGUUGUGCCUCAAAAGUUGUCCUGGGGAGAAAGCCCCCGGCCUUGCCUUCAUGGGGGCAGAGAAUCUGCAGAGGCCCCCCGGAUCCAGCCACCUUCCCCCCAAUCUCUGGCGUUCCACUGCUUGCGAGAGCCAAGAGGUACUCCUCGGUCCCUUCGGGGCCCGGGCAGCCCAAACUCGCCAAUGCUGGGAAGAAACCUGUGGCAGGCAGGACAAGGGAGUUGGGUCCGGUGGCCGAAGACAGCGACCCAAACAGAGAUCCAGUCCCAAAGGGUCAGCUUCCAACAAGCAAGCCAGGGCCAUCUUGCCUCUCCGUGCAUCGAGGAGAUGGCAGCAGUGGAGAACCCAACACCAGGGCUCCCCAAGUAACAGGAGUCUCACAGCUCUUGGCCGUGAACCAGGGAGCCGCCAGGCCCAGGGAGCCUGCACCCUCAGGUGACCAGGGGCCACCUGCAAAUCCCCCGAGACAGGAGAGGCAGCCACAGCAGCUGCCUCUGCUGCUGCUGCCGCCGCCGCCGCCGCCUCCACCUGGAGAACAGCGCUGCCCUCGG